AUGAGUAACGAACACCUCAUUCGUCAAUUAGAAAGUGAAAUACAAAAAUUAAAGAAACGAGUUGAAGAAAUGGAGUUAAUACAAGAAUUUCCUUCAGCCAUUAACGCUUUUAAAUAUAUAAUUCAAAUACCGAAUAUUGAUGAUAGGAAAGUUAAACAACUUAUUCAACUCUAUGAAAAACAGUUUAAUGAAAAAGAUAUUUUAUUAGCGAAUAAAUUUAAAAAACAAUUAACAGGGAAAAUAGAAGAAUAUAAUGAAUUAAUUAAAAAUAAAGAAGUUAAAGGAAUUGUAUUAAGUGUUAUUUCACAAGAACGUAAAGAAGAACAAAAAGUUAUAGAAAAAGUAAUAGAACUAUUUAAUUCAAAUAAAAUUAAUGAAUUACGUAAAGAUGAAAUUCUUCAAUAUUUUGAUCAAUGUUUAAUAGAAAUAGAAGUACUUAAAAAAGAGUUAGGAAGUAAUCAAAAAGGAAUUAGAAAUGAAAUACCCAAACCAGUUCGUGUUAUUUCACAUUCACCAUCAUUUGAAAAUUUUAAUUCAUUGUCAACAUCAAAAAGUCCAAAAAUAAAUAAUUAUGGAGAAAUAGCUAAAAUUAUUGAAAAUACAUUUAAAAUAAAUAGUGAUCCUAUUAUAAUUUUAAUGAACACUAUUCAUAUGAAUAAAAUGAACUUUCUUACUGAAAAUUAUUCAUCAUUAGAAAAGAUUACAAAAGAAGGAUUAGUUAAUAUUAUUAAAGGAAAUGAAAAUGUUAUGAUAUUUUUCUUUUUAAAAAGAAAUAUUAUUGUUGGUAUUUAUUUUAUUACUCCUCUUCAACCUGAUAAACAAAUUAAAGAAAAUGAUCAAUUUUUAUUAUUUAUUAUUGAAGAUUCAACAAUUACUUUUUGUCAUCAAAAAAAAGAACAAGGAACUUUAAUUAGAUUAGGAAAAGAAGAUAAUGAUUUUAAUGAUUCUUGGAUUGAAAUAGAAAAUGGUUUUAAAUUAUAUCAAGAAAAAUCUGGAACUGUUUUUACUAUUCCUAAAUUAAUACUUUCUUUUGAAGAAAACUAUAUGAAUGAAUUUGUUGUUCAAAAAAAAUCAAUUCUUUUUCCAAAUACAAAAUAUGAAUUAAAUAAAAUUGCUGCUUUAAAAUGGUUUAAUUAA